GUCACGCCCGGGACUGGCCGUUGCCGCGAGACGGCCGCGUUCCGGUUCCGGUCGGUUGCCCGGGAGACGUGGGUACACAGAGGAGAGGCUCACGUCGGAGGCCGAGUGGUCGUCGCCGUAGUCCCCUCGGCGGACUUGCAGGCCGAGUCGCUUCCUCGCAGAGCUUGAGGACUGCGGACGGCGGCGGGGGCGCCAUGAGUCAGAGGCAGGUUCUGCAAGUGUUCGAGCAAUACCAGAAGGCCCGGACCCAGUUCGUGCAGAUGGUGGCGGAGCUGGCGACCAGACCCCAAAACAUCGAGACGCUGCAGAACGCGGGUGUAAUGUCUUUGCUGAGGCCUCUUCUUCUGGAUGUGGUCCCAACAAUUCAACAGACUGCUGCUUUGGCUCUUGGGAGAUUGGCCAAUUAUAAUGACGACCUCGCAGAAGCUGUUGUAAAGGGCGACAUUCUUCCACAGCUUGUUUAUUCAUUGGCAGAACAGAAUCGCUUCUACAAGAAAGCAGCUGCCUUUGUGUUACGAGCAGUUGGUAAACAUUCUCCCCAGCUAGCUCAGGCAAUAGUUGAUUGUGGAGCACUGGAUACACUGGUCAUAUGCUUGGAAGAUUUUGACCCUGGAGUCAAGGAGGCUGCAGCGUGGGCACUUGGAUAUAUUGCAAGACAUAAUGCAGAACUGUCACAAGCUGUGGUGGAUGCGGGAGCUGUUCCUCUUUUAGUACUCUGUAUCCAGGAGCCAGAAAUUGCUUUGAAAAGGAUUGCUGCUUCCGCCCUCAGUGAUAUAGCAAAGCAUUCUCCAGAGUUAGCACAGACAGUAGUGGAUGCAGGAGCUGUUGCUCACUUAGCCCAGAUGAUCCUGAACCCUGAUGCUAAAUUGAAGCAUCAGGUCCUUUCAGCUCUCAGUCAGGUUGCGAAACAUUCCGUGGAUCUGGCAGAAAUGGUUGUUGAAGCAGAGAUUUUUCCAGUUGUACUUACCUGUCUGAAGGACAAGGAUGAAUACGUGAAGAAAAAUGCUUCUACUUUAAUUAGAGAGAUUGCAAAACAUACACCUGAGCUUUCACAGCUGGUAGUUAAUGCAGGAGGGGUUGCUGCUGUGAUUGACUGUAUUGGCUCCUGCAAAGGGAACACACGGCUGCCUGGCAUCAUGAUGCUUGGUUACAUAGCAGCUCAUUCUGAGAACCUAGCAAUGGCGGUCAUCAUUUCUAAGGGUGUACCCCAGUUGUCAGUCUGCUUGUCAGAAGAACCAGAAGAUCAUAUUAAGGCUGCGGCUGCUUGGGCCUUAGGACAGAUUGGAAGACAUACUCCUGAACAUGCACGGGCUGUUGCAGUCACAAAUACUUUGCCAGUUCUGCUCUCUUUGUACAUGUCAACAGAAAGUUCUGAGGAUCUUCAAGUAAAAAGUAAAAAAGCCAUAAAGAAUAUCCUGCAAAAGUGCACCUACCUACCAGCCCUCGAACCAUUUCUGUAUGAUGCUCCUCCCAAUAUUCUGAAGCAUGUGGUUGGACAAUUUAGUAAGGUGCUGCCACAUGAUAGCAAAGCUCGACGACUUUUUGUAACAAGUGGUGGCCUUAAAAAAGUUCAAGAGAUAAAAGCAGAACCUGGUUCUCUCCUUCAAGAUUACAUCAACUGUAUUAACAAUUGUUACCCAGAGGAAAUAGUGAGGUAUUAUUCCCCUGGAUAUUCAGAUAUUCUUCUGCAGAGAGUGGACAGCUAUCAACCACUUAUUAACUAAGCAAAGUUGUAUUUUGAUACUCAAAUUCACAGCAGAGUAGUUAUGAGUAACAGUAGUUAAAUCUUUCUAAAUAUUUGAACUUAAGUAUAUUCUAGAUUUAUUUAAUGGGAAAUACCUUCAGAUACUAUUUUCUAAAUUUAUAUAAUACUUUAAAUAUUAGUAGCCUGAAUAAUGAGGAACUAUUCAUGGUCAUUCAAAUGCAUAGGAUUUACUCUAAAGGUAGAUUUUAAAAACACAUUAAAGGGCUUUAAGGCAUUUGUUAUUCUGUUAAAAACCAUACACACUCAUACAUGCAGACACCUCCAAUGAGAUAUAGAUAAGAGAUGGUGUUCAAAAACCCUAAAUUAUUCUUGCCAAUUUCUCAUAGGCAUAGGGCAAGGAAAACUGGUCUUGCUAACUAUAUAGUAGGAUAGAGAAGAGAAAUCUUUGAAAGAGGAAACUGAUGACAGAUAUACAGGGCACUUUGAAGGAGACUCUGAUGCUAGUUACUUAAGUACGUUAACUUAAGACACAGACUCUACUGGUAACCUGUUAGGUUUUGCCAAGAGUUUACGAAGAAUUUACUCCUCUUUAUCACAAGUUUUCCAAAAUCCCUUCCCCACCCUAUCUAACGUGUUCCUUACCUUUCAUGGGGCCAGUGAGAGGGUAGAAUUCAGAAUAAAGAGUUAUACUCCUGCAGACAUGCUCUCCCUCUUAUUGAAAGGUUUCUUAGUCUAGCUCUGCUCAUGAAUAAACAAAGCAGGCAUGUAAAAUGGAUCCUUGUCCUAGCUUCACUUUCCCAAGUUUCAAAAGCCACAUAUUCAGGGAUUUAAGGAAUAAUUUGAAGAUAAUACCAUCAGGCUCAGACUUUAAAUACAUUUUCACUUAGGAAGUGGUAAAGGGGUGAAAGAGAGUUUCAAUAAAAUUUUAAAUAAAAACAGCA